AUGCCGCAUCCUGAUAGCAACAAAGAUCAUUUCCUGCGGGUGAAAAACGAGGUCGCUACACUGUCACUGCUAAGAGACGCACUCGGCACAGCGACAGGAGCAAUCGUACCGAGAAUUUAUGGGUCGAAUUCCUCAGGUAGUGGACAUGCGUGGAUUUUGUUGGAGUGGUUGCCAGGCAUCAACUUGGGAAAGAUCUUUUCUUCCUGCUCACUUGAACAGCAAAGACUCGUUUUGUCUCAACUUGCCAAUAUGAUACAUGCACUUCAAAAUUACCAGCUUCCCGAUACGGUGGACUCGUUUGGUGGACUCCGCCACAACAGGUACGGCGAAAUCGUCAGCGGAGAGUCGAGCUGCAUUCUGGGCGGACCCUUUACGUCUAUGGCAGCAAUGUACAAACACGAAGCCACCGAGCGGCUGAAACUCUCAGACUCCAGUGAGAUCAUUGCCGGAUGGAGGCACAACGCCCUCAGAGGACGUUUGGAUUCGUUUGUGGCCGACGGUAUCGAGAAGGCCUUUGAAAAAUUGAGCAUGGGCCAGAAAGGCAUCGUUCAUGGGGCUAUCACGCUCGACAACAUUCUCAUUGAUCCCGACACAUUCAAACUCAGUGGGCUUCUCGGAGGCGACAUGUCCUAUAUUGCCACGCCGAUCCAUGAAUUCUUCCACUCAUUUUACGACCUGUACAACUUCCUGCCUGGUCCCUACACGACAAACACACAAAAUCUUAUAAUGCACAAAGCCCUACUCCACGGUUUUCCAGAGCCUCUACCAGAAACCGUCCUAGGUGGCGCCUCCGACGAGAAGUCGUCAAAAUUUGGUGCUGGUGUUGGUAUUGACUGGAGAUUAUCACAGAUGUUUGCGGAGGAGCUCGAAAAGGCUGGCGCUCUCGGUCCAGCCCAGAUCGCCGAUGCUGAAGAGAUUGCAGCAUUGUACUGGUUCGUGCAGGCAAUUUGUCCACCGUAUCUGUUCAAUCAUCCUGCGUUGAAGGCCCGGGAGUUACAAGCAAUGUACAGGCAGACGGGGGAGGUUCUAUUAGACAAGUAUCUUGUCAAGUGGGGAUAUUGA